AUGGCAUCGAAUAAUAAUUGUGAAGAAAGUGUUUUAGAUUAUUUACGUCGUCAAAAUCGACCUUACAGUGUUGUGGACAUUGUUCAAAAUUUAAGAAAUGAGUUUAGUAGAGUAGCUGUUCAAAAGGCACUCGACGAUUUAUCGUUAAAAAAAGUUAUAAAAGAAAAAGUUUACGGUAAGCAAAAAGUUUAUUCGUUUAUGCAAUCAGAUGAAAACGAUUCGAUAAAAGAAAUACAAGAUUUAGACAGAGAAAUUAUAACUCUGACGACUAAUAUUGAAAAACUAGAACAAGAAUUUAAAAUAUCUGAAGCGGAAUUAAAAAAUUUACUUAAAGAACCUACAACCCAAGAUGCUUUAUUGGAAAAAAUCGAAUUAGAAGAAACAAUUCGAAAGAUGGAGAAUGAAGUUGAAAAUACAAUACAACCUUCUCUGGAAGAAUUUUCAGAAGAAGAAAAAAAUCAACUUGAUAAACAAUAUGAAAAAUAUUUAAAAGAAUAUAAAAUACAUGCAAUUUUAGAAGGUUAUCCUAAAAAAGCAAAAUAUUUAAUAGAAGAAAUAGGGAUUGAAAUGGAUGAUGAUGAUAAUGAUAAUAUCGAAAACACAUCAUAA